UAUUCUGAAAGGGUUCCGGAAGUGUAACUGCAUUUUCGAUAACCUUUUGCCUUUACCGAUUCAGCACACAAACAGAAGGUUAGCCAGUCUGACAGCUAUUAUUUCUCCUGCGAGAAAGGAGACUGUGAGUUUUUGCUCAAACUAAUUAUAGUUUGUGUAAUGAGAAGAGGACACUGAGUGUUGUCGGACCGUGAUCAUUCAGCAUGGCUUCUGCCCCUCCACUCACACGGUCGGACUCAGCUCGGGGGGAGUUCUCCCCUCUAAAGCACUUUGUUGUUGCCAAGAAGAAGAUAAGUGAUGUCUUUGAACAGCUACUCAACUAUGUAAAAGAGACAUCAGACUUUGUAGAAGAAACCUGUGGAAAUAAAGCCUUGGAGAAUAUCGCCAGUCAGGAUCAGAAGUUGGAGAUUCAGGCGUAUGCUGACAAACUUGCUAUCAUUAAGGAGGUGCUGGCACGAAGGCAUAUGAAAGUGGCCUUCUUUGGCAGGACCAGUAAUGGUAAAAGCACAGUAGUCAACGCCAUGCUGAGAGACCGCGUGCUGCCCAGCGGUAUUGGCCACACAACAAACUGCUUCCUGAGUGUGGAGGGCACUGAUGAAGACAAGGCUUACCUUAAGACGGAGGGCUCAGAUGAGGAGAAGAGCAUCAAAACUGUAAACCAGCUGGCUCAUGCACUUCACAUGGACGAGAGUCUGGAUGCUGGCUGUCUCGUCCGUGUUUUCUGGCCAAAGACCAAGUGUGCUCUGCUUCGAGACGACCUGGUGCUCGUGGACAGUCCGGGGACAGAUGUCACAACACAGUUGGACAGCUGGAUUGACAAGUUUUGCCUGGAUGCUGACGUCUUUGUGCUGGUGGCCAACUCUGAAUCAACACUAAUGAACACGGAAAAACACUUUUUCCACAAAGUAAACGAACGCCUGUCAAAACCUAACAUCUUCAUCCUCAACAACCGCUGGGAUGCGUCAGCAAACGAACCGGAAUACAUGGAGGACGUCAGAAAGCAGCAUACAGACCGCUGCGUUAACUUUCUGGUUGAGGAGCUGAAGGUCCUGGAUCGGGAUCAGGCACCAAACCACAUUUUCUUUGUCUCUGCCAAAGAAGUGCUCAACUCGCGCAUGCAGCGGGCACAGGGAAUGCCUGAAACAGGUGGCGCCUUGGCUGAGGGUUUCCAGGAGAGACUGAAGGAGUUCCAGAGCUUUGAGAGGAGGUUUGAGGAGUGUAUCUCGCAGUCAGCAGUGAAAACAAAGUUUGAGCAGCACACUAUCAGGGCCAAGCAGAUCACAGAAAAAGUCAAGAGCAUCAUGGACGCCAUCAACAUCGAGGCAGCGGAGAAGAGAGUGGCAGCGCUGGAGGACAGAGAGUAUCAAAUGGACCGGCUGGAGUUUGUCAAAAAUCAACUCAACUUGUUGAUUGAUGACAUCAAGAGGAAAAUCAAGGCCAUCAGUGAGGAUGUCGAGUCCAAGGUAUCCAACGCCAUGGGAGAGGAGAUCUGCCGCCUCCAUGUCAUUGUUGACGAGUUCCGUUCGGACUUCCACCCAUCACCACAUGUCCUCAAGAUCUACAAGUCUGAACUGCUGUCUCACGUGGAGGAGGGCAUGGGCAAGAACCUGGCUUUCCGCUGCUCUGACGCCAUCAAUGCCUCUGUCCAGACCUCUCAGGACUACAUGAUAGAUAGCAUGCUCCCUCUGCUACCGUCUAAGGUCCAGAGUCAAGUCAGCAUGCUGGUGCCCAGCAGAAAGUUUGACCUCAGCUACGACUUAAACUGCGCCACACUUUGCAAUGACUUCCAGGAGAACAUUGAAUUUCAAUUUUCGUUGGGCUGGACCUCAGUAGUCCACCGCUUCCUGGGUUCUGUCAACGCGCAGAGAGCGCUCAAACUGGUGGACCAGAAAUUCCAGACCUCUCGACCAGCGCUGCCUGUAGCCCGCACACCAUCCUCUGGACCCCCCUCCACUAUAGCACCACCCAACAACGAGACUGCUCUAAUGACCCAAGAGGACUUAAUGCUCGCUAUGGCAACCAAUGUGGCAUCGCUUACCUCCCGCACUUCGAUGAGUGUUAUCAUCGUUGGAGGAGUGGUGUACAGAGCGGUCGGGUGGAGGCUGAUUGCUAUGUCAGCUUCAAUGUACGGCUUGCUUUACCUGUAUGAGAGACUCACCUGGACCACCAAGGCCAAGGAACGUUCUCUGAAGCGCCAGUUUGUGGAUUAUGCAUCGGAGAAGCUGCAGCUUAUUGUCAGUUUUACCAGUGCAAACUGUAGCCACCAGGUCCAACAGGAGAUGGCUACGACCUUUGCUCGGCUGUGUCAGCAGGUGGACCAGACACAGAAAGAGCUUGAGGCUGAAAUCCGCCUACUGACAGCCAAGAUAGAUCAGCUGGAGACCGUCCAGAGCCAAUCCAAGACCCUGCGGCAUAAAGCAACAGAUCUGGAGAGACAGUUGGAGGCGUUCACAAACCAGUACCUGCAUCGUCAGCAGUGAGCUGUUCCUCUUCAUCAUUUGGUUCUUCCAGAGCCAAUCAUUCCUCAGACAGGUGUGGCCCUGCCUUGGUCCUCAUCACCUUAACCACACCAGAUUUUCUGUGUGGACAGUAGUGCUGUAAAGGAAGAGCAAUCAGGGGAUUGAUCUAUCAACCUUAAAAAGAAAUCAAGAGAUAUUUUGAUAGAAAAGAACAAGGAAAGUCAUUUAGCCUGCAAGAAAUACCAAACUUCUUGUCAAAUAUGAAGGUGUGGUCUUUGUAAAAGUGUACUCAUCUUGUUUUGUUUUGUUUUCUGUCUUUUUUGUUUCUUUGUCACAUCCGUUCGUCACUUUUGAAGAAGUUUUUGGUAAUGAAAUGGCGACAUGUCAUUGUUUUGGACAUUUUAAAGACAUCAAUUAAAAAUAAACGGAAAUAUUUAGUUAUACUCUUUCUUGAGUGUCAGACAAGACAGUAUUUCCCCCUCCUACUUUCCUCCUCAGCCAGCGAAGUGUUUGGAGAAGAAGCAUUGAAGAAAUUGUAAAAACAAAACUGCCUGUAAAACAAAGAAAGUUGUACUCCCAAUCUGUAAAGAUGCACCUCAAGGUGGCAUUAUUGUGUCUCGUAGUGAGCGGUACCACACGGGUGCUAUAUUUUGACACUAAUGUGCUUCUAACUGUGAAUAUGCCUUUUUUGACGAACCUUUGUGGAGGAAAUUCAGUUUGUGUGCCAGUUAGAUAAAAUCUACCUGUCAAGCUACACGAUCAGCCGUACGUUGGCAAAAAAAUCAAAAUAUAUUAAAAAAUAAAAGAGAAUUGAUUUUUUUUUUCUGAAUUGGUUGAACUUAGUUUAGUUGGUUUACUGAGAGAACUCUUUCAAAUAAAGGGAAAGCAUGUCUUUAACAUACUGUAGCUUCAUGUUCGAUUUUCUAACAAUAUACUGUAUAAAUCAAAGGCUUUUGAAAUCCUCACAUAUUUUAUAAAAUCCUAUUUUAUUUAUACCCAAUAGACUAGUAAUGGGGAUCAAACCCAUCUGAACCUGUAUGAUUGUCUUUCCUUGACUGUGUGAAAUACCUCCAGAUUUGGCCUGUCACAUUAAAUCUGUCACAAUGUAAAACUGCU